GGCAUGUGCUUGAGAAAUAAAAAUAUUCUAUAGAAUGUUAUUUGUGAAAAUAUUUGAAUCUCUGGUGAUGUUUCUGUUUUCGUGCUAUCCUAUCUAUUAUGCUCUAUUUUGGUAUUUGUCUAUUGUUACGUGCAUAACAUAAAUCUUAUAUAUAUGUAGAUUGGUCUAGACUCCAUUCUCCAUCGUUCUACUUCUCCUAUAUUUCUGCCACAUCUCUUCUCCCAUACAUCUUCAGCACACCAGAGUUCUAUUUGUAGUAUUUUUUUCACUUUAAAUCAAAAGCACCACCACGAGGAUUAAAUUUCGCCUCCUCGUUGGAAUGGAGUUGCCAGUCCAAAGUGGUUUUGAAGGAUCAGACGCAGAUAAAAAGACAUCUAUCCCGAAUGCGAAUAGAUUUUUGUAGCCUCUGGAUAAUUCCUUAAUCCAAUCAUUCGGAAAAGAUUUUUCUCUGAUUUCUAGGUGUUGAGAAAAAUACAGUAAUAAUACAAAAGACCUCGAAAACCUUUCGCUGAGCGGUUGCCAUACUGUAAUAUAAUGCAGGCUUUCGCAAGUGGAUGCGGACGGUGCUCUCGCUGCAAAGCAUAUUCGUCAGUAGAUACACAUAGAGCAAUUCUCGAACAGCCCUCUCCCAAAUUUCUCGAAAUAUUCUCGAUUCUUUCUUCCAGCCAAACCAGUCGAGCGUUGGCAUUACGAUGAGUGGUACGAUGCUGCGCUGGGCUGGGGCCAUGACAUGGAGGCUGCAUCGAAGAAGCCAGGCCCCGACUUCCUCGUCGACCGGAUACAUUUCUAGUUUAUUGACAAGAGAUCGGUGCGCACAGCAGCAGUACAAAGCACAACAGUUUCGGCGUGCUUGGGAGUCCUCCUUCAUCUGAUUUCAGUGCAGGCAACGAAUCAGGAACAGCCUCUCUCGUACUCCUGUGGAAUGCAUCCGCUUGUUUUUUCUGCCUCCACACGCAAAGACGAGAGCAUCGAACGAAUUGCACCUGCGGUCCCGGCCUCAGAGCGAUAAGCACUUCAGCCACCGUCUCAUUCGUUUUAGAUCGUGCCAGAAAAUCGCGGUGGACAUGGUAUCAGCCGGUGCCUCCUCAUUAGAGGCAAACGUUUUCGAUUCAUUAACUGAUGAAAUCAACGGAAAUAAAAUUUAUAAUAGAAUUGAAAUUCUGCCGGUGGAUUAGAGUCUUAUGAAGCUCUCUCAACGCCCAGACCCGUACAUUGUUGGUCCGGAAGCUCCGAGCGACGAUGAAGAAUCGGAGACGGUGCUAUGUGUCUGUGAGAACUCGGUGAACCGUCUGCCGUCGUCACAUCUGAAAGCAAAUUCGCCGGCGAGUGUAAUUCUCCUCAUGAUCAACAUCAAAUGGGCACAGAUUGAUAUUGUCACCUGUUAACCAUGAACAAGCGUCCGAUAUCUACCACAUUUUCUCAUCAGCGCUAGCUUCAUCACGUGCUGGACGUGAUGAUGAGAGACAAGUCAUACUGCGGCAGCGUAGCAGCAGAGGAGGAGACAGCAUCGUGAGCACAUAAUACAAGGAUGGCAAAUUCGACUGAAUAUAUGUCAGAUGACCAGCCGAACAGAAGAGAAGGGAAGGGAAAGGAAGCGAAUGGAGGGAGGGACUAGAUUCCACGACAAUUGCCUACAGAAGGAAGAGAGACACAGAGAGAGUGACUGAUGAGCUCCAUCCGACCCUGUCAGUGAACCACGUAGCGGCGCCAUGACCUGGUCUACGAUUAAGAAGAACGGCAACGCUGAUCUGGAAGGCCAAACGUUAGCAUUCCAAGAAAUUCCAAAAGCUUCGUGAUCAGUAAUCAAUGGCACACACGAGGAGACGAGACGUCGAUCGUGUAUCUCCGACAGUACAGUGUUUGUAGUAGUGGUACCAGUGUCAAUUUGACCGAGGCACGUCUUAUCUGCAUAUCAUUUGACCACAUAAAUUCAGGUGCUUCGUAGAGCCCAGUGCUAAGCUCAACGCUUGUCACACUUCAAUUGGUCUCUCGAGGCCAUCGAUUGGUCGAAAUCGGUCGUACAGUCAGUUGAAACUGAAAGUGGGUGCUGGAUGGAAGGUGGUGUCUCGAAUCACUGCUCCGCUGUAGCUCAUUCUAGCUUUACUUUCUAGAACCUUCUUUUGCAUUCCUAGGCUGUUCUCCAGGUUGGGUUAUGUGCUUAUGGAAAGUUGUAAACUCGAAGAUAUAUCCAUUGAGCGAGGCCUACAGUUUCCAUCGUAUGAUCAGACUGCGUGCAAGAGUUUAUUAAUCUUCUGACACUCACCUACCCUACCACUUGCCGGCUCCACUGCAGAACCUCGCUGCUUCCAAUUUGAGACCAGCUGCUUCCUCCUGAACCCUGAACGCCCUGGUCCUGUCCUCCUCGACUAUGACCACUACCGAUCUUGCGAACUUGUAGAUUAUCUUAGACUCCGUCAUCGUACUCCAAGAUGCAGAGAUCUGAUACCACCCUUAACGAGCUGGAUUCUUUCUGUCUCUAAUUUCAUCUGAGCUCCACCGGUCAACUUACCGAAGUAUGACAUUCAUUCAAUCUUGAUACAUCCUGAUGCCUUGUGAAAGUGAAUCGGCACCAAACGGUGGUGGUCUCAAGACCCUUGGACUCUUCAUGUUGGAGUACCAGAUCUCACUUCCGUACUAGAUGUGAAGCUCGAAAAAAGUACAAUGGUAUUUAGACCCAGUUGUGCAAACCGAAUUUUGAAGGGAGUCAUGGCUAAUGAACUUGGGAGGUGGCAGAUUGAGUUGAAUGCAUGAUUUUGCUGGGGCUUCCUUACUACAUGGUUGGUUGACCGUGCUAUGUCCAUGUCGAUGUGCAUUAGCACUCGCUUGACAGAACUGUUGCUAACUUGCCGGUGGAAGAGUCCGAGUAGAAGAUAAUGCAAACGUGCUCAAAUUGUACUGCUGGUCAGGGACUUGACACCACGGGGUCUUGCUCUUCCCACAGUGGAUCGAACUGGUGGAGGCCAGAUUCAGUAGUCGUUUCAAGAAAACAUCAGCUGCCAUUUUCCCUCCGAGGAUUUCGAGGAAUCCUCGAGACUGGCCUACGACGUGCUGAACUGGCGCAGCUGAAGGGUCAAAAGAGGUGCUUCUUUUCAACACUCUCGAGGCAGCAGAGGAAGGAAUAGGAGCACGAGAAGGGCAAAUUCAUGAGUUGACUGCAUUGACCAUGCCACGGAAAGUGCACGCUGUCUGCUGCACCAAAAGAGGUCCCAUCUCUAGAUUCGAGGUACCGACUAACAAAGCUUCGGGUCUAUGUUGCUCUGGUAAACUUUUCAUGACAGCAGCAGCAGCAGCGAACCGUCCUUGUCCAUUUGUCAUGGCACUGUGCACAGACCCACCACCGCCACAUCCUUCCAAAACUCUGCAGCAGAUGAGGGCAAGCGAAAAGAGAACGAACUGUGCACUCAUUUGUCUCCAAACAUUUCACCACGAGUGGUUGAUCCUUUCCAUGUCUGGCCCUGCUCCAUGA